AUGCUCAAAGCCUUUGUACAUGGGUUUAAUAAACUUCAGCCGGGCUCCGUGGGCCAGCUCGCCUCGGCGGUGCGGACGGCCAGCAGCGCAGCGCUGCAGCGGGGCUCGCAAUUUGCGCAGCUGACGCAUGACGACCUGACCUUCUUCAAAGAGGUCCUGGGAGAAAAGGGUGUCAUAACAGAUCCAGACGCGCUACAGCCUUACAACAGCGACUGGCUCCACAAGUACCACGGCCGCACGCAGCUUGCGCUGCGCCCGUCGACGACGCAGCAAGUGUCCCGUGUCCUGGCGCACUGCAACGCGCGCCGCCUGGCGGUGGUCCCGCAGGGCGGCAACACGGGGCUGGUGGGCGGCAGUGUGCCGGUGUUUGACGAGGUUGUGCUGAGCCUCGGGGCGAUGAACAACAUCAUCUCAUUCGACGAGGUGUCGGGCGUGCUUGUGGCGCAGGCGGGCUGCGUCCUGCAGACCCUGGAUGAGCAUGCCGGCGAAAGGGGCUUCCUGAUGCCGCUCGACCUCGGGGCGAAGGGCAGCUGCCAAAUCGGCGGCAAUGUCUCGACGAACGCGGGCGGCCUGCGGCUGCUGCGCUACGGGUCCCUGCACGGCAGCGUGCUGGGUGUCGAGGCCGUGCUCGCGGACGGGUGCGUGCUGGACCUGCUGGGCGUGCUGCGCAAGGACAACACGGGCUACGACCUCAAGCAGCUCUUCAUCGGCGCAGAGGGCAGCCUGGGCGUCGUCACGGCCGUCUCGGUGCAGUGCGCCCCCCGCCCCGCGUCUGUGCAGCUCGCCUUCCUGUCCUGCCCCUCCUUUGACGCUGUGCGCGCCGUGCUGCUGCUCGCGAAGCGGCGGCUGGGGGAGGUGCUGUCGGCCUGCGAGUUCCUGGACUCCGCGUCGAUGGCCAUGGCGACGGAGCACCUGCCAGGCGUGUCGAACCCGCUGCAGCAGGGCGGCAGUGGCAGCGGCGGCAGCAGCAGCAGCAGCAGCGGUGGUGGCGGCGGCGAUGCGGGCGGCGGCGAAGGGGGCUCGGCAGGCGGGAAGGGAGGGGCGCCGUUUUACAUGCUGGUGGAGACGCAUGGCAGCGACGCGGGCCACGACGCGCAGAAGCUGGAGGGGUUCCUUGAGGCGGCGAUGGGGGAGGGCCUGGUGGGGGACGGGACGCUGGCGGGCAGCGACACGCAGGCGGCGGCGAUCUGGCGCGUGAGGGAGGGCGUGACGGAGGCGCUGACGCGGCGAGGCCCAGUCUUCAAGUAUGACCUCAGCAUCCCGCUGCCCCACAUGUACGCCCUGGUGGAGGAGACGCGCGCCCGCACCCACGACCUGCCGGGCGUCACGGUCGUCGGCUACGGCCACGUUGGCGACAGCAACCUGCACCUCAACAUCUCAGCGCCGCCCGGCUGCGACGGUCGGGCAGCCUCGGAAAUAUUGGACAGGAUCGAGCCGUUUGUGUACGAGUGGACCUCCGCGCGCGGCGGCAGCGUAAGCGCGGAGCACGGGCUGGGGCUGAUGAAGGCCGAGCGCAUCGGGUACAGCAAGCCGCCCGCCGCGGUCGCGCUGAUGGGGCGGAUAAAACGGAUGAUGGACCCUAACGGAAUCCUCAACCCGUACAAGGUGCUGCCAGCUGCCGCAGUGGCAGGCGGGGGCGGGUGA